GCGAGGGGCGGCCUGAGGGGAGGUGAGCGGCGCGGAGGGAGGCUGAGGCGAGGUUUCGAGGGGCGGUGUCGAAGAAUGUGUGGACGAACGUCCUGUCACUUAGCCGUAGAGGUUCUCACGAGAGCGUGCGCCUACCGGGAUCGGCGCGGCCAGCAGCGGCUCCCGGAAUGGAGGCACCCUGAGAAGUACUGCCCCUCUUACAACAAGAGUCCUCAGUCCAGCAGCCCGGUGCUGCUGUCUCGACUGCACUUUGAGAAGGAUGCAGACUCCUCUGAGCGCAUCAUUGCUCCCAUGCGCUGGGGCUUGAUCCCUUUUUGGUUCAAAGAAAGUGAUCCUUCCAAGCUGCAGUUCAAUACUACCAACUGUCGUAGUGAUACCAUAAUGGAGAAACGGUCAUUUAAGGUGCCUCUGGGAAAGGGAAGACGCUGUGUCGUUUUAGCAGAUGGAUUCUAUGAGUGGCAGCGAUGUCAAGUAACAAGCCAGAGGCAGCCAUACUUCAUCUAUUUUCCUCAAAUCAAGACAGAGAAGUCAGGUAGUGUUGGUGUUGCAGAUAGUCCUGAAAACUGGGAGAAAGUCUGGGACAACUGGAGGCUGCUGACAAUGGCUGGGAUCUUUGACUGCUGGGAGCCCCCAGAGGGAGGUGAUGUCUUGUAUUCCUAUACUAUCAUCACAGUGGAUUCCUGCAAAGGCUUGAGUGACAUCCACCCCAGGAUGCCUGCCAUAUUAGAUGGGGAGGAGGCAGUUUCUAAAUGGCUUGACUUUGGUGAAGUCUCAACUCGGGAAGCUCUGAAAUUAAUCCACCCAACAGAGAACAUCACCUUCCAUCCAGUCUCUUCUGUGGUGAACAACUCACGAAACAACUCUCCUGAGUGUCUGGCUCCUGUUAACUUGGUGGUCAAAAAGGAGCUCAAGGCAAGUGGCAGUAGCCAGAGGAUGUUGCAGUGGCUGGCCACAAAGUCACCCAAAAAGGAAGACUCAAAAACACCCAAAAAGGAAGAGUCAGAUGUUCCUCAGUGGUCCAGCCAGUUCCUGCAAAAGAGUUCACUCCCCACCAAGAGAGGCACUGCAGGACUCCUAGAGCAAUGGCUGAAGCGAGAGAAGGAGGAGGAACCUGUGGCCAAGCGUCCUUACAGCCAGUGACACAGGACUUUCAGAGACCAAGACCAGGGUCUACUGCACUGCUGUUCUGAUAAUAGGUUCUUAAAUUGUAUGUGUGUGUGUUUGCUUUGGGAGGAGGUAGCUUAGUGUUAGUUGACAGUUGUGGGCUCAUGGGGAAGUCGGCUUCCUUGCCAUGAGUAGGAGCCCCUAGUGGGGCUGGCGGACAGCUUUGGAAGAGGUGUCAUGCUUUGUCACCAGCCAUGUGGGCCCCAUAGGGGCACUGUGCCUGCUGCUCUUUCCUGGCAGGGCUGGUGGAGUCUUCCCUUAAACCAUGCCUUACCCAGCUGGGAAGUCUCUGCCCUGACCUGGUAUUCCUCACAGUAAGCUGUUUUCUGCUCAGCCACUGGGCUAUUUCUGUCUUGAGUAAGUUCUUAAAAUGUAUUUUUUUUUCCUGAAUAAAUUAUAUUUGAUGAACUUCUGCCU